UUGAUAACCACUCCUGACAACUCUUAACUUGACAACAUUAUCUUGUACAAUUUUUAAGUAGACACGAAGUAAAAUCUGCGAUAAAGUGCCGUUUUUAUUUAUUUUUAAGUUUAUUUUUGCAUUAAUGCUUGCAAAUUGAUUGACGAAAAGGGCUUAGUAUGUUGGACAUGGAUGAGGACUACUUCCCAGAGGAGGACAAACUUUUCUAACCGAAGAGAUGGACAAAGGAUUUAUCAACAAUUACACACCUUUGCCAGUUUUUGACCAACUAUGUACAGGGAUGUUCUUUCCUGAAGACACUUUAGCUCAACACAAGCCUUUGCCUCUCGUUCCGCUGGAAAAAUCCCUCGAAGAAGACCGCGUUCUCACCGAGGGUACAUCAACAGGCAAGGAGCCUCCUUCUGAGAAUGCCUUCUUGCUAGGCCAGCAGAGCCUUUACAUGUUUCAAGACAGCCUGGGAAUGACAGUAACAUCCGGGGUUACGACGAUUAAAAAAGAUACUUCCAACUUAAUUGGGAUAAGCAUAGGCGGUGGUGCACCAGUUUGCCCUUGCCUUUACAUCGUCCAGGUUUUCGAUAACACGCCAGCAGCAAAAGAAGGCACGUUGCAGAGCGGAGAUGAGCUUGUCGGUGUCAACGGUCAAUCGGUUAAGGGUAAAACGAAAGUCGAAGUCGCUAAAAUGAUACAAUCCUCUAAGGAUGAAGUCAGUAUAAAAUACAACAAGCUUCAUGCCGAUCCCACUCAAGGCAAAUCACUCGACAUCGUCCUGAAAAAGGUGAAACACAGGUUGGUUGAAAACAUGAGCACGUCAACAGCAGACGCACUCGGCCUUUCUAGGGCCAUACUCUGCAACGACACACUCGUCAAAAAGCUGCAGGAGUUGGAUGGGACCGAGGCGAUGUAUAGGGGCCUGGUUGAUCACACGAAGCGCGUGUUAAAAGCAUUUUAUGGCCUUUUACAAGUAUAUAAAGCGUUUGGAGAUGCGUUUGCCGGAAUCGGUGUGCGUGAGCCGCAGCCGAGGGCCAGUGAAGCAUUCAGGGCUUUUGGGGACUAUCACAGAUUAAUGGAGAAGAACGGCGUUCAAACUCUUAAAACAAUAAAACCAAUUUUAUCCGACCUUGGCACUUAUUUGAACAAAGCAAUUCCUGAUACAAAACUGACAAUACGUAAAUAUGCAGAUGCCAAAUUUGAAUAUCUCUCAUACUGCUUGAAAGUAAAGGAAAUGGACGAUGAGGAGUACUCAUAUGCGCAGCUACAGGAACCUUUGUACAGAGUUGAGACUGGCAACUAUGAAUACAGAUUGAUACUGAGAUGCAGGCAAGAUGCGAGAGCUAGGUUUGCCCGUUUAAGAUCAGAUGUGUUAGUCAAACUUGAACUGCUCGAUUCCAAACAUGUCGAAGAUGUCGUAAGGCAGCUGCAUCGUUUUGCAUCUUCUUUUGCCAAGUUUUAUGAAGAAGUCAAAGAAACCCUUGCACAGAACAGCUUAUUCCCAAUAGAAAUGGACCUGGCUAGAUCUGCUUUUCAAUACAGCAGCACAAACCAGCAGAUCCAAUAUGAAGAUGAUGAUGAUGAGUUGAUUCAGGACGGUGUCGAGGUGAAAGAAGAGCCUGCAAUAGGCCAAUUGAUCGACGGCCAGUUUCAGACGAAAGAAGACAAAGAUGAACAGAAAGAAUCAUAUCUUGAGGAGCUCAUCACAGAUAUGAAGCCGAUUCAGGUUUCAGAACCUAAGGUCGCCACACUCAUCGGCCUCGAUUGAUUCCGUCCCUAUAAUUAUAGUUACCGCUUUUUAUUUUUACCUUUGAAACCAUUUUACCCACUUACACGCUUAUUAUCUCAUGUCAAAUUUGAUUUUAUUUAAACACAAUUAUAAAUAAAUAUAUAUUACUUAAAACUUGAA